AUGAUCCAUUCAGUACUAAUAUUCAACAAUGAUGGAGUACCAAGAUUAAUGAAGUUCUAUACAAAAGUAGAUAUACAAACUCAAAGAUUAUUAUUACAACAAGUACAUCAAUUAAUUUCUGUACGGACAGCACAAGAAUGCUCAUUUAUAACGCCACCAAAGCUUUUAGAAGAUUUAGAAGAUAUAAAAGUAAUAUAUCGUCAUUAUGCAACAUUAUAUUUUGUAUUUAUAGUAGAUGAUCAAGAAUCAGAAUUAGGUAUAUUAGAUUUAAUUCAAGUAUUUGUUGAAUGUUUGGAUAAAUGUUUUACUAAUGUUUGUGAAUUAGAUUUAGUUUUUGGAUGGCAAGUUUUACAAACUGUAUUGGAAGAAAUUGUACAAGGUGGAAUGGUUAUUGACACGAACAUUGGAAGAAUUGUUGCUGCUGUUGAUGAAGCAAAUAUGCAAAAGAAUGGAAGUGGUGCAAGUGGGAAUGGUAGUACUUCUACAAUUGGUCAAUCUAUAUUACUGUCUUUGUCACGAGAUAGAGGAUUUUGGAGUCGAUAA